GGCGAGGUUACGCUGGGGCAUUAGGGACAUGAGAACACCAGUGAUGCCACUCCACAUUAUAUCUGACCUCCGUACUUGAGAGCUCAUAGUGAGCAUUGGACCACCAGACUCAUUCUCAGUUUGUUGAACCGCUUCUGACUCUCUCACAGUGUUGGCCUCCUCUUGGGAGAACUGACCAGCUCCUACUAUGCUUCUUGCAUACAUUGAGGGACAGGAGGCUGGUGUUAUGGAAUGCAGGGGAUACCUCUCUAUUGUGCAACAAUUGAACCCCAUCUGUUAGUUAAGGACUGGUUGGGUUCAUGAAGUGGAAGAUGGAUGGGCUACAGUGGAUGCUGGUGAUAGUGGGUGCUUGGAGUGUGUUGCUGAUGGUGGCAGCAGAUGACACUCCCAAUGCUGACACCACUCUCGACAGUAAAUUUCUUGAGGCUCUGUGGCCAGGACUUGGCUUCCAAGACCGGAACUGCCGUGAACUGCAAGAGCAUGGCCACAAAACUAGUGGUGUGUACACCAUCUAUCCAUAUGACUGCUGUCCCAAACGCCCUGUCCGUGUCUACUGUGAUAUGGACAAUAAUGGAGGAGGCUGGACUGUUAUCCAGCGUCGAGAAGAUGUACUCCUACAUGAAGACUUUUACCGCACCUGGAUGGAAUAUGCUUUGGGUUUUGGCAAUCUUUCUGGCGAGUUCUGGCUUGGCCUUGACCACAUCCAUGCCCUUACUGAUCAAACAUUCAACCAAAUACGUUUUGAGCUGGCAGACUUUGACAAUGUCACUCGCUGGGCAGAGUACCAAUUCUUCUAUGUCCAUGACAGGAGCUCCUCAUUCAAGGUGGAGGUUAAUGGCUAUACUGGAGAUGCUGGUGAUGGCUUCAGUGGGGUCAACACCCAAAAGUUUUCUACUAAGGAUAAUGAUCUUGAUACUUACUCAGGAAGCUGUGCUGUAAGUUACCUUGGAGCUUGGUGGUAUUCCAGUUGUCAUUCCUCCAACCUGAAUGGUAAAUACCUGAGAGGUGCACAUGAGUCUUAUGCUAAUGGUGUCAAUUGGUAUCCUUUUCGUGGCCAUCAUUACUCCCUCAAGAAGACAGAGAUGAAGCUCAGACCAGCAUACUGAGAUUUAACUUGCUACUCACAGGUUAAAGUGAGAAACAUAUUGUAUAGAUAAAAUCUUACUAAAAAUGUGAGAAACCAAGUACAGUAAUAUGUAGAAAACUUUACAAUUAUUUGUUAAUUAUUCCCAUAUAAAAAAUAUGAAAUAAAAUAUUGUAGCACCAUC